AUGUUUGCCAACAGAAUGCUAGUAGCAUCAACGAUCCUGGUGGUGCUCUUGACGACUGUCAAUGCCUUUACCAUUCAAAUCAAGGAUUACGAAUGUCAAGACAAAGCCAUCAAGGCUGAUUUUACUGACAUCUGUGAUAAUAACAUGACCUGUUCGUUUGGACAAACGGCAUAUAUUUCAGGAGUUCUCAACAUGACCAACGAUGGGAGCAUCAGCUCGGAUACCAUGGUAUAUUUAGAUUCCAGAUUGCACAUUGCCACCUAUCAAACUUCCCUCCUCAAAAUGCAACCCAUUUACCUAUGCAAUCAAUAUAUGACGGAUUAUGAGGGACGCCGAGAGCUUGCGCAAAGUUCGUAUGGAACUUAUGGGGACGAAUAUGAAACCAACAACAACAGCAACAGCAAUGGUGGUCAACAAGAGGCACAACAAACUUCCUACAACUAUGGAGGCUACAGCAGUGGCAGCAGCAGUGGCUGCCCCCAUUCUGGACUCUACUCCUUUGACAAUGUGGCCCUGCAAUUGCCCACUGUUCCCAACAAGGUUUACGAUUGGGUGGCUACCGGAUGGACGGGGUCCAUUUCCGUCGACAUGUAUUUGGAUUCCUCCAAAUACCAAUUGAUUGGACGGUGUCAACUCAAUGUGGUGACCCACAUGGACGAUUCCUACAGCAAUUCAACAUCCACCAACAGUCUGGUGAAUACCGUCAUGUCGGCCAUUCCAGAAGCCGGAGUGACGGGCAUGAUCAUUUUGGGUACCUUUGCGGCCUGUGCCUUUUUGGGCAUUGUGGGUUACGCCAUGAGCAAUGCCGAUAACAAUGGAGAUGAUAUGGAUUUCAAACCAAUGAAACAUCAUGUAGAGGUUGCUUAG